UUUUCUCUCUUCCUUUUCUGUUAUUCUUUUUAGCGAAAUCGGAGAUAAAACUUUUUUUAUAGCAGCCGUAUUGGCUAUGCGUAGUUCAAGAUUGCUGGUAUUAAUCGGUGCAUGCGGUGCUCUUUUUGUAAUGACGAUGCUUUCCUCGUAUGUCGGCUCGCUAACAGCAAUAAUCCCUAAAAUAUACACCUUCUCCUGUUCAACAUUUUUACUUUUUUUUUUUGGAAUAAAAAUGUUAUAUGAAGGAAUUAAGCUUCCUGUAGAUUAUGCGCUUGAAGAAUACGAACGAGUUCAACAAGAGAUUAAUUCUACCGAGAAAAUCGACGAAAACUCUUCAACUUUUACUAAUUUUGAUGUUGAAGAAGGAAAAAAUUUUUUAGGAAUUCGGAAAAAUAAAAAAAUCUUAAUUCAAUCGUUUGUGAUGACUUUUCUGGCGGAGUGGGGCGACCGCUCGCAGAUAGCAACUUUCCUAUUGGCCGCGCGAGAGAAUUCUUCCGCCGUUAUACUGGGAGGGUUUUUAGGGCACAGCAUAUGCACAUUCAGCGCUGUUAUUGGUGGACGCCUUCUUGCUCGUCGAAUAUCAGCGCGAUCAGGAGGAAUUGUAUUCCUCUUCUUUGCCGGAACUUCACUUCUACUGGAAAUAAAAACUUUUUAAAAGCAUUUUAUCUGCGAACAAUCAAAAAAGGUUCGGCGUUAUUGUAUUGAUAAAACAUAUCGAAAGAUCACGUGGGGA